AAACUGUAUGUGUAGAAGGCUUGACAGAAAUGGUAGCAGAAGGUGAAUGUUGCACACAUUCAGAUGAUGGGUUUUUGGCGCAAAAAUACUGUCGGUGUGAUCGAGGCGUCAGAUUGAGAUUGAGUCUGUGACGCUUGCCAAACAGCGCACUCAAAAUUAGGAGACGCAAGACCCUCGGAACCAAUUUAGGCGUAACACUGGAUGCUUACUGGUGAUAUUACUGCUCAUACUUAAUCAGAAGUGGAUUCAAGUUGUGGCUGACCUUACAACUGUGUAAUGUUUUUUUGGGAGACAAAGUAACCUGAUGGAGUUUGACGAUGCAAUCGUUUGUUCUCCUCGCUUCUCUGUGUGGAUGCGUCCUUUGCUCAGUCUGGCCUUUUCAGAUGCAGUGUUACCACUGUGAAGAGACACUGUUGGACAAUGACUGUUCAGCUCCAAAGUUCAUUGUCAACUGCACAGCAAACAUCCAGAAUGCCUGUCAGAAGGAGGUGAUUGUGGAUGAAAAUGGUGUGAUUUACAGGAAGGCUUGUGCCUCUUUCUCCACCUGUCUGAUUGUGUCAGCAGGGUAUCAGUCUUUCUGUGUCCCGGGCCGGGUGGGCUCUGUCUGUAUUAGCUGCUGUAACACCCCCCUCUGCAACGGACCCCGCCCCCCUAGGAUCUCCCUGGCCCCCAGCCAUCCUCCCACCAGCCCCACUACCCUCCUCAUCAUCACUGUUUCCAUGGCAACACUGGACUGAAGGUUCUCAGGUGUGGAGGUGCCUGGUGUUGGAGUAAACACUGUCCUGAGAGAUGACUGUGGACAGAGAUUCUGCAAUCUAUCAAGGCAACAGAGCUGACUGACCCAUACUGGUCCAUUGACGGACGGGAGUGACAAAUUCAUGAGAAAUGUAGGCAGUGAAUGAGAAUUGACCCAAAAGUUUAUAAAAAUAAAAUGUUGCCUCCAUAGUAAAUUAAGUAUUCGCAUAGGGAGAUUACAUUUUAAUAUCAUUAUUGCAGGCUGCGCCAAAUCAAAGAACUAGUGUUUGUAUCCCAGAGAUGACUGAUGAGUGUAUAGUACUGAAUGUACCCUAUGUUCACGGUUAGGAUGACACACACUUGGUGUACAAAACAUUAGGAACACUUUCCUUAUUACAGCCUCAAUUCGUCAGGGCAUGGACUCAAGGUGUCGAAAG